CUGCGAGGCUAAGUGUCCCCGCGGCGCACCUAGCAGCGAGAAUCCGGAGGAGGAGGAAACUGCAAGGAUAGGCCCAGGUCGGUUCGAGGGACGGUGGUGGGGCGGGGGUCGGAACGUGAGGAAAGCCCAGUCUGAGACCCCAACCCCCUCCACCCCAUCCCCCACUCCUAUACCGGUCCUCCAUUUUGGUGCCUGCGAAGCUCUGGGAAAGAAUCCUGGGAAAGGAAAAAUGAAAAACAACCAGAAAAAAAAUCUCAUCAUGGCAAAUAUUCACCAGGAAAACGAAGAGAUGGAGCAGCCUAUGCAGAAUGGAGAGGAAGACCGCCCUUUGGGAGGAGGUGAAGGCCACCAGCCUGCAGGAAAUCGACGGGGACAGGCGCGCCGACUUGCCCCUAAUUUUCGAUGGGCCAUACCCAAUAGGCAGAUCAAUGAUGGGAUGGGUGGAGAUGGAGAUGAUAUGGAAAUAUUCAUGGAGGAGAUGAGAGAAAUCAGGAGAAAACUUAGGGAGCUGCAGUUGAGGAAUUGUCUGCGUAUCCUUAUGGGGGAGCUCUCUAAUCACCAUGACCAUCAUGAUGAAUUUUGCCUUAUGCCUUGACUCCUGCCAUUUAUCAUGAGAUUAAUACUGUGAUUCCCGCUGUUUUCUUUUUCCUUGCAUAUUCCUAAUAUGCCUUUACUGAUCCGUUUGCUGUGAACCCUAUGUUAUUUCCAUGUGUCAAGUGGGUCUUGUGUUGCCAGCUUCUAUUUGGAAAUUGCCUUUGCACUCAGUCUAAGUUUCUGUCAGCAGUAGUUUCACCCAUUUGCAUGGAAAAAUUUAAAGCUAAUAAAGCAAUUUAAAAAGCAAUCUA